AAGCUUGUCCUCGUCAAGCAAUGGCGAAGCACCACGACCCGCCUGGGCUGCUCAUACGGCAGUAGUGCGAGUAGUGUACCUGAUACGAUAACCCAAUUGCCGUCCUCAACCAGGCACAAAAAGCAGCAGACAGGGUUCACCUGCCCAAAAUGAAACAGAAGAGAAGACCUUCAUCAGGGCAGGUACCUUGCAAGAGCAGAAGGAUAUUGUUCCAUGCACAUUGUCGUAACCUUCUCUGAGACCAGGUCUUCCGAGUCAGUCGAUCCCUUCGAUCUCUCGACUACAAAUACCUCACUUCUAGCUCUUUGAUUGACACCCUGAACAAAUCUCGACUACCUAAUACAACCACUACCUGCUUCAUACUGUGAUACAAGAUGGCUUCACUCGCUCGUGUACCUAUUCGACGCAAUCCCACCUACAAGCACAAUGGUCUCAAGUCCUACGUCUACUUGCUUAACAAAUACGGCAUCACCCCGACUAUCAAAGGUCCUUACACCGCCGCCCGAGGCAAGAAGCUUCUUCUCAAGCAGAACGCAGACGGUACCCAAGGCGAAGUCCCUGCUACUGACCAGCAAAACGACUCGCUCUACACCUGUCCAGUGAAAAUCGGCACACCAGCUCAGACUUUGAACCUAGAUUUCGACUCCGGAUCUUCCGAUCUUUGGUGCUGGUCUACCGAACUUCCCAAGACCACCACCCAGUCUGCUGGAAAGGAGCACACAAUCUACGACCCCACGAAGUCAAGCACGUUCAAGAAUAGCUCCGGCUCUUCCUGGCAGAUCCAAUACGGAGAUUCAUCAUCUGCAUCUGGCACCGUCGGCACCGACAAUAUCGAGAUUGGUAACAUCACAGUCGAAAACCAAGCCAUUGAGCUUGCUAACAAGUUGUCGUCGCAAUUCACACAAGAUGCUUCCUCUGAUGGUCUGUUGGGCCUUGCUUUUGGCUCCAUCAACACGGUCCAGCCUACUCCUGUCAAGACACCAGUUGAGAACAUGAUUGCUCAGGACGAUAUUCCUCAGAACGCUGAACUCUUUACUUGCUAUCUGGGCUCUAUCAAAGACGCAAAUGAAGAGUCAUUCUACACGUUUGGCCAGAUUGAUCAAUCUGUUGUGCCGUCUGGUUCUCAGAUUGCUUACACUCCCGUCGACAACUCUCAAGGCUUCUGGAUGUUCGACUCGACCUCCGCUGAAGUCAAUGGCAAAUCCAUCCAGCUCUCGGGCAACAAGGCUAUCGCUGAUACUGGCACCACACUCCUCUUGACAUCCGACCAGGUCUGCGAGGCUGUCUAUGGCGCUAUUCCUGGUGCCAAACAGGACACCCAGCAGCAAGGUUGGGUAUACCCUGCAAACACAGCCGAGAGCGACCUUCCUACCGUCACGUUUAUGGUUGGAAAUACCCCGAUCACCAUUGAGAAACAACACCUUGGUUUCGCUGGUGGCUCCGAGGGCAAUAUGGUUUAUGGUGGUAUCCAGUCUCGAGGUGAUCUGACCUUCGAUAUCUUUGGUGACACAUUCUUGCAGAAUGUCUACGCUGUCUUCGAUGUCGGCAAUACCCAGUUCGGAGUGGUUCAACGUACGCCGCCAACCUCCAGCUAGAAAUCCAAAUCCACCUUGUGAAUGCUCAAGGAGGAUUUGAUGUGUGGCCAGACCUUGCUGUUGCGUCUGCAUAUUGUUACUUUGGUAUGCGCUUGUUCUC